AUGCUUCUGCUGGUUCGUCUAGUAAUGAUCAUCUUCUUCCUGUUUGGACCACAGGCCGUAGAAGCCUCUAUUUCGAAGCCCGGUUGUCCUGAAAAAUGCAAGGGCAUAACCGUUCCUUACCCUUUUGGCAUAGGAGAAGGAUGUUUCCUCGACAAAGCAUUUGAGCUGAGAUGCAACCAAUCAGAAGCUCGUACUCCUCUCCACUUGGUAAAUGGAGAUUUCCCUGUGGUGGACAUUUCUUUAGACCAUGUCGGCAUCUUACAUAAUGCUACUUCUGGUUGUUUCGACAAGUUCGGAGGACGUAGCGUACGUUAUGUGCAAUAUGAUGUGGGCGAUAACCAGUUUAGUUACUCCCACACCCAAAAUAAGCUGACCGCCAUGCCUGAAGAUCUGACGAGAUUUCGCUUGCGAGUCGACAGCAUGAACACAGAGAACCGUUCCUGGAUCACCAGCCCGUGUAGCCUCGCUUUUAUUAUCAAACGGGACCAUGGUGAAGUGUUCCUUUUCAAUAUCUCCAAAAUUGCCAGAUUCAUUUUUUCCGUCCCAGUGAUUCUAAACUGGAAAAUUGGGAACAUUAGUUGUCGAGAAGCACAGGGAAGAGGGAGCUGUCUCUGUGGCAAGAACAGUCAUUGCUCUGACUCAGCAGGAGGCCUCGGCUACCAGUGCCGCUGCAUGUUAGGUUAUCACGGAAAUCCUUACCUCCCAGAUGGAUGCCAAGACCCAAAGAAAGAUCCUUGUAAGAAUAGAGGAAAUUGUGUUAAUACGCCAGGCAGCUUCUUUUGCACUUGCCCACGAGGUUACAACAGCAGCCGUAGUCGAGACACUUCAUGUUUAGUUGACGACUCAGAGCGAGAUACGCAUUAUGCUAUUUUACUUGGUAGAUUCCUUCCUCUGGUAGCGGCUCCUUUUGUUUUAGAUCUCCUUGCACUUACUUUUGUAGCACUCGCAGGUCUUGGAAUUGCUUUUUUCAUCUUGAUCGUAGUCGCCAUGUUCUCCAAGUUACGGCAUGAGCUAGAGGAGAAACGGAAAAAUGAAAUGAAGAGGACUUUCUUCAAAAGAAACGGUGGUUUGCUGUUAGAGCAACAGAUGUCUUCGGACAAAGGGAAUGUAGUGAAAACAAAAGUCUUUGGUUUAGAAGAAUUGGAGAAGGCAACAGACGACUUCAACAAAAAUCGGGUGCUUGGCAAAGGAGGAGGAGGAACCGUUUUCAAAGGGAUGCUAUCAGAUGGAAGCAUAGUAGCUGUCAAAAAGUCGAACAUAGUUGAUGAAAGCCAAGUAAGCCAUUUUAUUAACGAAGUCUUCAUUCUGUCGCAGAUAGACCACAGAAACAUAGUAAAACUAUUAGGCUGUUGCCUGGAGACUGAAGUCCCAUUACUCGUAUACGAGUACAUAUCUAAUGGCACCCUAGCGCACCAUCUCCAUGGCGAACAUCAUGCUUCACCAUUAUCCUGGGAAACCCGCCUUCGCAUCGCUGCAGAAGUAGCCGGAGCGCUUGCUUAUUUGCAUUCAUGGGCUUCUAGGGCCAUUUUUCACAGGGACAUCAAGUCCAACAACAUACUGCUGGAUAAGAACUGUAGGGCUGUAGUGUCUGACUUUGGGAUCUCAAGGUCGAUGCCUGUUAACAAGACUCACUUGACGACCAUGUUUGGCGGGACUUUUGGGUACUUGGACCCGCACUUCUUUCGAUCAGGACAGUUUACAGAUAAGAGCGAUGUUUAUGCCUUUGGAGUAGUGCUUGCUGAACUCUUGACAGCCAUAAAAGCUGCUUCUUCCAGCAGAUGUGAAGAAGGCCUGGUGGAAUAUUUUCGAUCCUUCAUGAAGCAGAACCGGUUACUCGAAAUAGUGCAGAAGUCAGUUGUGGAAGAAGCCAAGGAAGAGGAGAUCUUUGCUUUUGCCAACAUUGCCAGAAGAUGCCUAAAGAUGAACAUUAAGAAGAGGCCUGGUAUGAUAGAAGUUGCGGCUGAUCUUGAUCGUCUCAGAACGAUGCAUGAUGAUACAGUAGGCGGAGAGUGA